AUGGACGCUCUUGAUUAUGGUUCUCCCAAACCAGAUCUAGGUCGAUCACCUGCGACUGGUUAUUCAGAUCCUUCAAGUAGCGAUGCAGACACAGCCGUCGGUUAUGCACACAAGGAGCAUCGACACAAACAACGAUCACCGGACCCGGACAAUGAUGGCCAUACUUUGAACCCCGUGGAUACUUAUCAAACGUAUGAAGAACAUGGUGCACCAAUAGACAACAGCGGGCAAAAUGAGGCUGCACGUCGUGAUUAUGAGCAUCACAAACACCUCUGGUGGUAUCGUGUGCGGUAUACUUGCCGUGAUGCUUUUGCUGAAUUCUGUGGCACGAUGAUAAUGAUAGUUUUCGGCGACGGAAGCGUUGCACAAGUGACCCUGUCAGCCAAUCCCAAUCUACCGCAAGCGAGUCAGAAUAAAGGUGAUUAUCAAUCAAUAUCUUGGGGAUGGGGCAUCGGAGUCAUGCUAGGCGUUUAUGUGUGUGGAUGUUCUGGUGGUCAUUUAAAUCCUGCGAUAACGAUGGUAAAUUGUCUGUAUCGUGGGUUUCCUUGGUGGAAGUGGCCAAUCUACGCGUGCGCACAGGUAUUCGGCUGCUUUUGUGGUGCUGCGAUUAUCUAUGGCAACUACAAAUCCGCAAUAGACGCCUAUGAGGGCUACGGUGUCCGGACCGUACCUGGUUACAGCGACACGGCCACAGCAGGAGUCUUCAACACAUAUCCGCAACCAUUCCUUACCAAGACAGGUCAGGUCUUUUCAGAAAUCAUAUCUUCCGCAGUUCUCGUUUUUGUAAUAUUCGCGCUCAAGGACGAAAGGAAUCUGGGAGCAGGAAACCUUAUGCCUCUUAUGCUGUUUUUCUUGAUCUUCGGUAUCGGUGCCACGUUAGGCUGGGAGACAGGUUAUGCGAUCAAUCUAGCUCGAGAUUUUGGACCUAGAUUGUUCACUUAUAUGGUAGGCUAUGGUCCUGAAGUCUGGAGAGCGGGAGACUACUACUUCUGGGUGCCGAUGAUUUGUCCAUUCAUCGGCGCUGCGUUUGGCGGAUUUUUAUAUGAUCUGUUAAUCUACACAGGCAAAUCGCCCAUCAACACGGAGUGGCUGGGUAUCAAGUCUAUGGUACAUCCAAGCAAGCAUGGCAUCAAAAAGGCAAUCAAAGAGGGAGACGUUGAAAGAGCUGUUUGA